AAGAUUCGAGCCGAGUACCGAAGAAGUGUCACUUCUGGACGGGAAAUAAUUUCUAAAUCACUUGUUCGUUUAGAAAAAAGAACAGCCAGAACCAGAUGUUCCCUCUAUUGUUUUCAGUCUUCGUUGUAGCCGUUAAAGUAUUCAAGAAGACUACUCCUAAUGGCAAAGUUACGGUAUAUCUGGGGAAGAGAGAUUUUAUCGACCAUUUAGAUUACACUGAUCCUAUCGACGGCGUUAUCGUUGUAGAGAAUGAUUACCUUCAGGGUCGCAAGGUCUUUGGUCAGGUCACAACAACCUACCGAUAUGGCCGUGAAGAGGACGAAGUUAUGGGAGUCAAAUUCAGCAAGGAGAUGGUACUGUGUCGUGAUCAGAUAGUACCACAGAAGAAAGAAAAGCAGGAGACUACAUCGAUUCAGGAUCGCCUCUUGAAGCGCUUGAGUUCAGACACAACUGGAUCAGCAUUUCCGUUUACGUUCAAUUUUCCACAAUCUGCUCCUUGCUCGAUCACUCUCCAGCCCGGCGACGAUGAUCAAGGGAAACCUUUAGGAGUCGACUAUGUCUUGAAAAUAUAUGUUGGCGACAAUGAAGAAGACAAGGGACACAAAAGAUCUUCCGUAUCGUUAGCUAUCAAGAAGCUGCAGUACGCUCCUCUGUCGCGAGGCCGCCGACUUCCUAGUUCUUUGGUUUCGAAGGGAUUCACCUUUUCCCAGGGUAAACUAAAUCUAGAAGUCACACUGGACAGAGAGAUCUAUUAUCACGGAGAGAAAGUUGCGGCGAACAUCACAAUUACAAACAAUUCGCGAAAGGCAGUGAAGAACAUCAAACUGUACGUGGUUCAACAUUGUGAGGUAACUAUGGUAAACGCCCAAUUUUCGCGACACGUGGCUAGCUUGGAGACUCAUGAAGGUUGCCCGAUCACGCCAGGUGCAUCCUUUACGAAACAAUUUUAUCUUGUGCCUUUGGCCAGCAGCAAUAAAGAUCGACGUGGUAUCGCUCUUGAUGGGCACCUCAAAGAUGAAGACGUAAAUUUAGCAUCCUCAACUCUGGUAGCUGAAGGCAAAUGCCCGACUGAAGCUUUGGGUAUCGUGAUUUCUUAUUCGAUCCGAGUCAAGUUGAAUUGUGGUACUUUGGGUGGCGAGCUGAGUACCGAUGUUCCAUUCAAACUCAUGCAUCCGGCUCCUGGCGCCAUUGAAAGAGAAAACGCCAUACUAAAGAAAAGCAAGAGCAUCGACAGAGCACGGUACGAGAAUUCUUGCUACGCUAAUGACGAUGAUGAUAACAUUAUAUUCGAAGACUUUGCUCGUUUACGCUUAAACGAACCAGAGUAAACCCAAGAAAAAGAAAAGAAGAGCGAAAGAUCAGCACUUUUUUACUUCGCGAUCGAUUAUUUCAAAAGAAUUUUUUGCUCAUGGAUUAACUUUCACAUUUAAAAUCAAGAUAUUAAUGUCAAAUCUAAAACAAGUUAUUACAUAUAAUUGAAAACAUACACAAAAAAACUUAAAAUUAAAAUAUUUUAAAUAAUUUAUUUAAAAUUUUAUCUAUCUCUUUAGAUUCUUUUGAUGUGAUUUCUAGCGAACAAACUGUGUUAAGUGUAUGUACGUAUAAAAAAAACUUUAUGAAAAUUAAAUAUAUAUUAUGGAACACAAUUACUGAAAAAAGAAUGAAAAAAUACAAAAAAAGCGAAAAGAUAACUAAACAAAAAAAAUAUCUUGGAAUUUCUGUACAAUGGUGGUAGUUGAACAGAAAUUUAUUGCGAGACGAGUAAAAAAAAGUUUAAUAAUUUAUAUUUAGUUAAGUUUAAGAAUUUCCCGUCUUAUCAGAAGUGACAUGGUAUAUUAUUCGUCCCAAUUAAUUUCUUAUGUUUUACAGUAUUCAACAUUCAAUUAUUUAUUAGUAAAGAACUGUUGAUUGAUGGUACUGUUCAGUUGCAAUUACAUUAGAAAAUACAUAUAAAACUGUAAAAA